AUGGCAUCCUUAGUCGGUCUAUCUCAGGCGCCGGAAACCCUCUAUCUUAUUCUUGAGUAUCUCGAAAACAAAGACUUAUUUUCCCUCCUUCUAACAUGUAAAUCUCUUUAUCCUGCUUGUUAUUGCGAAUUGUGGUCCAUGUUAGGCUUUGGCGGCUUCAAUCCUAUUAAUCCUACAAGGCGGACCGUGUCUUCCAAAGGGUAUGCGCGAUUUCGGGACGCUAUAGACACUUUUGGAGCCGAUAAUCUUGGGUUCAAAUAUACCAAGUUCCUGGGUCUUGGCGCUUCCCUAUUUCAGAACAAAUAUCGCAGAUUAGGUCUCGGAAAGAAACUGGGCGACUUACUCGAGACUGGGAAAUUGGCACCUAGGGUUGUCCGUGUACGUCUUCAUCCUUGGGGUAGGUGUUCCUUGAAAUCAAUUACAGCUAGCUCCAACAUGAGCCCUGGUAUAUUUCGCUAUAACUGGUGCGAUACUAAGAGUUUGGAAGUUGUAGAUAUUCCUCAAGAGUUCAAGGAAGAAGUGGGUCAUAUACUUGUCGGAUUGAAAACUUAUUCCAAAACGAAGUCGCCAGAAGAUUUGUCAAUUUCUCUUCAGACGGAACUUGUUCACUCGAUACCACAGCUCUUCGACCUAGAAAAGAUUACCACAUACGAGUUAGCCGUAUAUUUUUAUGAGAGGGGUAGAAAGAAGAGUUGGAGCACCCCUGAUAGCCAUAAUAACAUCGGUGAUCAUAUACUCGAAUUAAAAAGCCUCCUCGCUGGAAUGACAAAUCUGAAGCACUUUUCUUGGAAUAUGAAUUUCCGUUCCACUUACAGGGAUGUUUUUCUGAUUGAAAAGUUUGCGACAGAAUUUGAUGAACUCCAAGCGGUCUUCACAAAGAUGCAAUAUCUCGAAUCAUUGGCAUUGUUGGACUACCUUUUCCAUCCUUCGUUCUUUCUUAUUCCGCCUAAGACCGUUAAGAAACUGGAAUACGGAGGGAAUUUAUCGAAUAUUUGGUGGAGACGAUUUGCAAAAUACCCCUUCAUAGGCGUUGAGGAUCUGUUUAUACAUGCAGUGGAGCCAUUUAAGGGCUAUCCUACGAAUGGGUUUCUACCUCCAGACUCCAUCGAGGACGUCAAUACUCUUUUGCUAGGAGAGGUCGCAAUAACCGGAUUAAAAAAGUGCACUCUCGGUAUAUGCGACGAGGAGAGUAGCUCCCGACCACUCGAUCUGGGAGAAUGUAUCCUUCAGAAGAACAGGGAUCUCGAACACAGCAUUUCAAAUGCGAUCGCUGAGAAUAGGGCCCAUAUGCUUGUUCUUCGAGCUUAUAGCAAAAUUUCUGACAAACUAUUCGACUACAGCUCACUAAUAACUCACAAAUAUACACCAAAAUUUGUGGAGAGCGCCCCAGGGGAUGAAUCUCGUUUCAAUGAACAAAUCAAAGAGGAGUGUACACGAGCGCUACUUCAUGGCUCAAAGCCUGUAGGCCUGGAAGACUGGAAGGCUGCGCGAACCCGAGCGAGAGAAUUCGCUCAAAGGUGCCAAUUCGAGCUUCAAAAUAAGCUUUUUACGUGUAUAGACAUGGUUUCAGACGAUUACGCUCUUCGGCUUGCGAAUGGAGAAGACUUGGACCGGAGCAGUUUCGAAGAGACAUGCUUCAAAAUGUUUUCGAAAGGUCCGAACUUGGAGGACGUUCGUAAACUAACAGAUGCACGUAAUCAAGCCUCGCGGGCCGUAAGUGCCUGUCUGAAUCGUUUCAGGGUUAGUCUGAACGAUAAAGAUGAUAAAGAGCAAUUUAUCAAAAUGUAUAAGGAGAAGGAUUUCCAGAUUGGAGAUGCCGAGAUUGAGAGUGCCGUCGACCGGUGGACGCGAAAGAUGAUCGAAAAUAUUGAGGAGGGAGAGGAGUCCGGGAAUCCCCCGCUGAUGAUGGAAGACGAUUCGGAUAGUUCUUUGGAAGAUACAUGA